UGAGAGCGGCGCUCAUGUAGCGGGGCACUGAACACAUCUGGACUCGGUCGAAUAAGAUCUACCCGCUCGGUCUAUACUCUAUUUUUUGACUGGAAACAACGUUGUAUCUUGUUAUCAUACAUUUCCACCUGUCUUUAUAACUUGUUGAAGUUUCAAAACGGUCCGGUGUUCACUUUUCAGCAGCACACUGCCAUGAUGCAAGGGGUAGCUAGCUGCCGUUAGCCGUUGGUGCUAACGUUCAACAUCCACUGUGUGAAGGGAAAAUAGCGGAGUCUGUGUUCGUUGUUUCAGCCGUGUUGGAGGCGAAUGAAUUGGGUUAAACAUGGAGAAAAGUAGCCGUUUUGUGGAACUAUCCCGCUACCUCCAAGACCCCCAUCUUGUCGCCCGCUUUCAGCACAUUUGUGGGGUACGCGGGACUUUUUCUGGAACCGUCGGCAGCAGCAACGAUGCAGACCGGACUCACUCGCACAACAACGGGUCGUGCCAUCAUCACAUCACCGGGGAGAGCGAGGGUGAAAACACGACUGACAUGGGAGCUGGAGAAGGAGAAACGGUGCCAGCAGCAGCAGAGGGUGUGCGGAAGAGGAUAAUUGACACAAACGCCGCGAAAAACCACGAAGAGGAGGGCGAAAGUGCUGUCCAGAACGGGGCAGUUUUGUCCGCAACGACCGCCGCGGGAGAGACGGUUGCUAUGGGGGGUAACGCUCGCAGCCUAGCCGGGAGCGAUCCGGACUUCUCAGGGAAAACUGAGUCAGGGGGGAAAACUGAGAAAGGCAGCAAAGUUCCAGCCCACCCAGGGAGCAGUACUUUGAAGCCCCUGCGCAAAAACUCUCUAACGGGCGAAGCAGGGCAGGAGUUCCUGAUAGAGAACCGGUUCUUUUACUACAUGUUCACUUUCGGAACUGAGCUGGGCAACGAGCUCUUUUACAUCACAUUCUUUCCCUUCAUUGCGUGGAACCUGAACGCCUUUGUGGGCAGGAGGUUGAUCCUGAUAUGGGUCUGGGUCAUGUACCUGGGUCAGUGCACCAAGGAUUUGUUGGGGUGGUCCCGGCCUGCUUCACCUCCUGUGGUUAAAGUGGAGAUGUUUUACAACUCGGAGUACAGCAUGCCCUCAACGCACGCCAUGUCGGGCACUGCCGUCCCCUUCUCACUCUUCUUCCUCACCUACGGCAUGUGGGAGUAUCCAUUCUCUCUGGGCUUCAGCUUGGCUCUGUGCUGGUGUCUGUUGGUCUGCGUUAGCCGAAUCUACAUGGGUAUGCACUCUGUCCUGGACGUCAUAGUCGGCUUCCUCUACAGCACCCUGAUCCUGUUCUUCUCCCUGCCAGUGUUGGACACCAUUGACAGCUUCAACCUAAACUGCCGCUACGCCCCGCUCAUCAUCAUCUCCAUCACCCUGGGCCUCGGCCUCUUCUCCUUCACCCUGGACACCUGGAGCACAUCUCGCAGCGACACUGCUCAGAUCCUAGGUGUGGGUGCCGGCAUCGCUUUGGCCUCUCAUGUCAACCACCUACUGGGUCUAAUGUCUGACCCGACUCCAGAGCAGCUCCCUUUCGCUAUGCCUGCCUUCAGCGCCAGUCUGGUGGGUGUAGCCUUGUUGCGGCUCUUUUUGGGUGUGCUGGUUCUCAUGACAACACGGGCGCUGAUGAAGGCAGUCACCAUCCCGCUGGUGUGCUGGGUGUUCAGUGUACCCUGUGAUGAUGUGAGGAAAGCCAGGCAGCACAUGGAGGUGGAGCUACCCUACCGCUACAUUGUCUAUGGGGCAGUUGGAUUUAACGUGUUGUUCCUGGUCCCGUUGCUCUUCAGCUACCUUCAGCUCUCCUGAUCAGCUGGUUUUGGAUCUGAUUUCUCCUCCAGAUCCUUUUGAAUUAAACCUUAUCUUUUGUCUGAAUGCUGGCAUGGUCUCAGUUUCUCAGCUUCCCUAUUUGUUCUGGUUGGGAUUAGAAAAAUUACCCAGGAGGAGCAGACUGCUUCUUCUGUCUUUGCCCUGAAAACCAGGAUAAAUGCUAGAUUAGCCUAGCCUGUUAUCAUUCUACCUGUGGUGAGUUAUAUGGCUCUUUUUUGCUCUUUGGAUUGAUAAAUGAAAUCAGGAGAAACCUUGUUAUGCAAGGACAUGCUUUGAUAGAGCCAAACUUCUACUCCUCCUUUACCAGCUUCACAUAAAAUGCAAAAAAAAACCUUUUUUAAUAGUGGCCUCUGAAAGACUGAAAGUGCCACCGAGCGCUACUGAUAAACCUGUGUCUCUGCAUUUAUGUUUUUGUUCAUGUUGGUAAGAGUUCAGACAAAGAACCAUGCUAGUUUCUUUUUGGAAGACUGAAAUUUGCAGUAUUUAAAGGUAUCUGAUCAGCUGUGUUAAGCGAUUAUUUUCAUCAUCCAUUAACUUGAUGAGUUUGUUACAUCAGGAAAUGUCAGAUGUUCUAUACAGUCCAAAAUCCAAAGAUAGUAUUUAUGGCAGAGUUAACAUGGCACAAAAAAUGAUCAUAAACGGAUCCAGAAUUCUUCCUUCUGACACUUUAUUGUUGACUUGAAUGAUUAAUUUGUUAUUUAAGCUCACAUUCAGUGUUAAAACAUUGUGUGGUUCUUUGUCAGGAAUCUUCUUGAUAUCAAUUUAUGAUCUCCGUUCUUCUCACAUCUCAGAGCAAUACGAUUUUUAUGGUUUUAAACUUUGGUAUUCCUGUGAUAAAGGUCAUGGAUGGGAAGUAAGAGAGUUUUCUUUUGCGCUUAGAACCCCUGUGGAGUAGAAAUCCCUGUGAUUUACAGCUCCUAAACUCUGUUAUCGGCUCUCAGGAAUCAGAUCAUUUUGAUGGGUCUGAUUACAAAUGCAUUUCCAAAAGGGCUCUCCCACUCUGUCUGCUCUGUUUACUUUACCUGUCUUUUAUUCAGACAAAUGUCUGUCUGUUCCCUGCUCUGAGAUUGAUUGUUUUUCCUGCAAGGAAGCAAUGACUUGGCACAUACUUUAAGAUACAGAGACAAGGAAGGAACCAUUUUGUUUGGGAAAUGUAGAGAAUGGAUUUAAAAAGGUUUUUUUUAAAUGUCUGUAAGGUUGCCAGGAUGACAGAAGUCUGUCUUCUUGGUGCAGCAUUUUUUUUUAAAACACUGUAAACUGGCUUCCUGUUAGAGCUGAUCUUGAUGGCACUUGUCCACGUCCUGCGAGGAUAGUUACACCUGCACGUGCCAGCAGGAGGCUGCAGAGAUAACGCUGCUCUCAGGAGGGAAGACGCAUGGAGAGACAGAGCGAGGUAAAAAGAUAAGGGGGAGAGGAUGAUGACACAGCUCAGGCAAAAAAGAAACAAAAAACAAUGCUAAUUUUUAACACUUAAAUAGUUUUGCCUGGGAUUAAAGAAAGACAUGGUAAAUAUAUAAAAAGUUUAAAUUUAUGGAAAAGUUAUGUUUUUAUGGCUCUUUUUUCAAUUGAAAAUCUACACAAAGCACGUUAAAAUUGGGAGAAAAUGUGAUUUGAUAGGAUGUAGUGAAAAGAUGAAGGCCACCAAUCUAAUGCAGCUCUGAUACCUGGAUUGGAUACUAGUGCUAAAUUGAUGACCUAUUCACCUUAUUCCCAGCUCCCAUGAUACUUUGUGUGAAAUAUUGUAGGUGCUACUUCCUGUCCUUUUUUUCUGAAUGAUACUCUGACUACAACUGAGAUGCUAGUCCUGAUUAUUAGAGCAAUUUAGGGAUUAAAAUAUGUAAACAUCAUCUCUUAAGUCACUAACUAGUCCCUCUUGAAAAGUGUGAACUAUAUUAAUAUCCAUGAUUUAAGUUAACUCUUCAGUUCGGUCAAUCUCAAGUUCUGUAUUGAAAAUAAAUAAUAAAUAUUUUUUACAAGAUUCACAUCUUUGAUGCAUUCAGACAGUGACCAGCUUGUUUAAAACACAGCUAUUAAAGACAUAUUUAACUUUGUCCCAUUAUUAUUACCACAAAUAGAGCAACAGGUACUAGGCGAUUUAACAGAAGCAGUACUCACUACAUUGAAGAUUUAUUCCUUUCAAAAAUACCUGCCGUUGACGCUAAAUCACUUUAGUAAGCGGUCGGAAAAUGCAUUUUUGCUAUUACCAUUAUUGUACUGGAAGUUCCACCCACAUCCGUAGCUACAGUAGCCAACCCAGGAAUAAGGUGGAUACUUGUCACUGUGAUGAUCAGAUUGGAAUCCUUACUUUGUAACUCCUUAACUUUAAUACAUACCACUCUAAUAUUAUCACUCACCUUCUGCUGUCACAGUGAACCUUUUGCUGAGCUGCUCUGUAUGUGCAAAGCAGCUGAAGCUGUGAGACUCAUAUUGCAAGCAUAGUCUCUUUCCAAAUGUCAUGCACUUAGGUAAGCUAAGAAAGCAAACAGAGUCACUGGUAUGUGAUCUGUUGAAUUUUUUUAGUCUGAAGCACUGCACAGCUCCAGGUAUCUGCGCUGAAGCUUUGCUAAUAGAUGUUCUCAAGCAUUCUUUUAGAGUUCAGGCAGAGAAAUAUUUACAUAAUAAAAACUGUAACACUGCACUUCUGUCAAUCGAUCACCUGGGUGGUUCCCCUGCCUUUGUUAUGCAGCCGACCAAGUUAGCAGACUUUAUUUUUGUUUUGUCAGUUGUCUUAAACAUGUCGUCAAACCAUCACUAGAUGUGCAUAUAUCCAGACUGCUUAGCCUUUGUUUUUAGCUUCCCCUAACCAUAUUGGCUCUGCCUGGUAAAUUGCACUGGCCAAAGAACUUAGGGCUGUGACGUAGCAUAAGAACUGCAUAGAACCAAGCAAGAAAGAUCAUCCUCAAGGAUCAACCCCUUAUCACAGAUUAACUACUUAGCGUAGUCUGAAUCGGACCAUUGUCUCACACAGAGAUCAGACUGGCACAUCUAGUUUAUAGGUGUCAUUAAUUUAGCUCCCCAUCCAGACUUAAUCACUUUUCCCCCCCAAAGAAUACUGUGCUGAAAAAUCUUAAAUGCUCAUGUUAUACUCAUAUAACAUUAGAGGCCAUGUACCUUGCUUUUAUGAGUCCUGCUAAGUCAGAAGUUUAAAGAUUGAGCUUCAAAAGUUGGAAUCUUGAUUGUGAUGAUUAUGGCUUCUACACCACCGCAUUUGAACAAAUUCAUACACUUACAAAACCCAGUUUCCAAAUGUCAUAUUGCUUUACUUCUGUUGAAAGUUGAAGUAUCAGAGCAGACUCAAAAAGUGGGAUAGUAAUGUAGCUUCUGAUGUGAACCCGCUUAACCUGAGAACAAGAUUUACCCUUCUACAACAAAACACGAGUCAUUUUCUUUACUAACAAGAUCAAAUUCAGAUGUUUUGUAUACUACAACAGCUCAACAAAACAGUGCAGAUCUGUCCGAAUAAUUUGUUUAAUUUAAACUAGGCUUUGGCUAAAAUAACAAAAAGACCUCCCAGUGUGGCUGUGGACUCCCUCCUUCCCUCCUCCUGUCGUCUUCCUGCACUGAGUCACAGUAGUGACUGAAUCGGUGAGACCACUAAAAACCACCUGAACCUUGAGUGUAGAUUUAUUGAUUUAUGUUUCCCACUGUGCCUGCUUCUAUUUUAUGAAGAGGUGAUUGUUUCUUCUCUGGUUCUCUUCAAGUGUAUUACAUCACCUCUGAAACAUUCAACUUUUUGGGGGAAAAGAAAAACAUUUCUGCACAUUGUUGUAUUUUCUGGAAUGAAAACAUUUUCUAUGACUGGGUUGUUGUGUUCAGGACGUCCUGUAAAAGCUCAAGGACAAUAUGACCAAGUGGUAUUAUUUUUGGCUCCAACACUCGUCUGUAAGAGCGGACAUUCGGCAGAAUGUUAUUCAGAAAUGUGAAUGACAUGUCUCAGGCAUAGACUACGCCCCUCGAGGCAAUAAUGACUAAACAUCUGGACAGCAACCUGAUGUUUCAUCACACAUUCCUGCAGCAGUUGUGGGUAAGGUGCCUUGCUCGAGGGCUGUCUGUUUAACCAGCUGGCGAGGCGUUCAGGUGGCGCUGCCUUCUGCUGGUGAGCUUUCUCCUCUGAACUGAUCAACAAUGUCAAAAACAAACAUUUCAGGCUUUUUUUGAUUUUUCUUAGCUGUAAACAGAGUGUAAAAAGCUUACCUGUUGUAUGUUGUUGAUGUAAAUGGUACUGUGUCCUAAUGUAAAUGCACUGCUCCCAGAAUGCACUGUGCCCCCCUAAGCUGAGUAGAAAAGGUGAAGUUGGUCCUAAAAGUUAAUCUGUAAUGUUACUUUUACUGAAGAAAAGCUCCUUUUACUUUUAAACCACCCCAGCAGCUAAUAUUCCCUUUGAUUAUUGCUUUAUAAGUUUAUUUUUAUUAACCUAAUUCUUGUCUUUUAUUGGUUACAACAACAGCAUGCAGACCAAGCUGUAAACCCACAGGGCCUGGUUGUUUAAAAGGUUCAGUCCAGAUGAUAAUGAUCUGGAUUUGUUUAGUCACUUUUUUCUACCCAGGAUCACUUUUAUCAACCUGAUCCAGAUCCAAAUUUAUAAAGAGUACCAAAUCCAGACUAAAGGGAAUUUCACAGGCAUACUGUGUCCACAAGGAGAACCAAAAUCCACCCAACCCUAAGGAACAUUUUGGUUUCUUUUACAGUUUUAUGUACUUGAUAUCAUUGCUUAUUGGUGAAUAUUUUAUGAGGACAAAAUCCCACAUUGUUUACAACCCAGAUUUUAAUCCCAUCUGUUUUGCCACUCAAGCAGUUUGCAAUACUCAUUAACAAAAAAGUUCAACAAGAUGUACUGACGGCAGUUACAUGCCCAAGCGAAGGAUAUGAAUGUCGGCCAGUAAAAGUAAAGUGCCUCAAAAAGAAGAGCUGGGGUGGUAUUUAGCCUUGACCUUGUACCUCCAAAAAAUCUGAUCUGAUUUGUAUGAAGGUGAAAGAAAAUGCCUCAAAGUGUUCUUGAAACGUUGUUCAUGUGCAAGGAAUGAACAUGAAACCCCAAAACUAUGAGCUUGGAAUUCCAACCUCCAAAAUCAAAUCAGUACACUCUUGAGUCAGAGUGGACAUUUGUGCAGUUUUCUAGAAAAAUCCCUGAAUUGACUCUUGAGAUAUUGUGCUGAAUAGGGAUGCACGGUAUAAUAGGCACAAUAUGAUAUGAACAUCUCUGCUGAUAUUUACAACAGAUAGUUUGGUUAUAAGAAUCGGCCUUUAUCAGCUGUUGGCCUAUGAACAUGUAAUGAAAUUAUAGGCUAGACCAACAGACCUACAUCAGCUGAAGUCUUUCUCCUUAUUUAUUACUAUUCCUUACACUUUAAAAUGUGUUUUAAGGACUAAAAUGCGUUCAGUUGUUUAUCCUCAAACCUUAAGUUUUGUGUUUUAAGGACUGAAGUUUAAGGUCUAAAAUGAUAUCAGUAUUGGCUAAAAUUAAUUUGUAAAUAUCUGCAAAAAUCCCAUAUCAUGCAUGCCUUGUGUUUGAUAAAUUGCUCAAACAGAUGGAAGGACACUAACUAUGGAUGUGGAAGCAUCAGAAUAUCUUAAAAUAUCAACCUCUGUAUAAAAAGGCUGCUUUAACUGACAAAGGUGGGAUUUUACCCCCCCCCCCCCAGUCCAGAUCAAAUCCAGUAAGAUCAGAAAAAUCCUUUAUGGAUGAACAGAAAAUGAAGGUUUUAUUCAAAUUAAUGAACAGAAUUGGAUUCCCUCAAUUUAUUCAAAAAUCAUUCUUCUUGAAUUUUUUAACAACCUGAUUUCAGGAUUUAAUCCUGUCUUUAAUCCUGCCACAAUAUUUUUGAACAUUGGGCCCGGGUCUCUUCACUUUAUUAAACAGAUUUAAAUCUACCUAUGCUCAUAUAUAAUUAAACUGAAGACCAGCCUGUGUGUUUGUCAGGCUGGGAUUGUCUGUGUAGAAGAGGAUGGGUAUUCUGGCCCCAUCCUGUCUUCUUUCACUUCCCAUGGCUUUGCUUCAGCACAAGCAUAUUUUCUGUUGUAGUGUUUUUCUUUGUUCUUUGUCUGAGUCUGAAUGUGAUUUCCUUUCUGUAGCAGUCAAACAGGAAGUUUGUCCUGUGUCUCUUUUGAUUAUUGACACAUCAUCAAAAAAUAAUCUCACUCUUGUGAAAUCUGUGGUGGAGUCAUGUGCAGGCUAAAUGUCUAUAAAUUCCACUAAGUUUCAGUAGAAGAAAAGCAUUUUUUCAUCAGUUAAAAACAGGCUGAAAAUGAUUUUUUUUCAUGUCUGCAAAGUAUGAAGGGAAAAGAAAAAUGAAUGGUUAUUUGGUUUUGAACAGUAUGUGUAGAAUCACUGUUAAAACCUUACCCCUUUGUUAAAAACACACAGCACAUACUUUAAGAUAAAAUAUUUCCUUAUAUUGUUCUGCAGUGACUCUUAUAGUAUCAGUACAUCGGUGAGAAACAGCAGGAGCUUUAAGUGUUUAAACAUCUGUUAGUGGUGGAUCUUACAUUCCAGCAGGAGAAGGUUUCCUCUGCAGAUGGAAAAACGAUCAGAGUAAUGAACUUGGUAAACAAGAUCAAACCAAACUUCCUGAAUCUGAUUACAACCUGUUUAUUAAAGUUUACCUGUGUGUGUCUACCUAAAUGGUUCCCAAAUAAUACAGGGACAUAAUUAUCAGCUUAAAUGCUCAGGUGUGGCACAUUUGCCAUCCACUGUAAUUAUGUGUCUGCAAAAAGCCUGCAAACAUUAACACCUGCCAACAAACGUAACAAAAAUCUGCAGUUUUUAUCAUAAUAAUCUCUCAAAUGUGAUAAAUUUCCCACAAAUGUUUUAGAAGUUGCCUAAUGAAAAUGUAAUAAGAUUCCCACAAACGUAAAUUUUCAGGACGUUUCUGGACUUGUAAAAGUUGUAUUAAUUUCCCACAAAUUUGAUAUGAACAUGAAAACUUAAGUGUUGUUGGCCAUUGUUUGUUAGAGCCAUGAAUCUUAGCGGAGUGUCAAAACAGUGCUCUGAGGAAAUCAAACAACAUACAGAAAUACUGUUCACCACUGCACUUAAAAUGUGUUUUUAGUCUCAGUGUUUGAACCCUGUAGGCUUUAGACACAGAAACUUUCUUUGAUACCGAGAGCCAGUGCAGCCUUAGCCUGCUAAUGUUUUUGUCAGCUCUCUAUGAACAGUAGAAUAACUUAGAUUUGGAUUAGAUGAACCCCCUCUUAGGGCUCACUUCAAGAAUCACCUGGAUUUUGCAGAAUUUUCCAAAAUUGAUGUCAGUCCUCUUCUCAUUCAAAAAUGUGGUACUAAGAUUCAUGGCUCUGCAAGGGUUUUUAAGUCUCUGGAAAAGGUUCCUGUUUCAUGGCGAAACAAAAAAUCCAUAUCUAGCAGGGUGAACAGUAUUUCCAUACGCUGUUUAUAAAUUUCUCAAAGUGCUGUUCUGACUCAUUUAAUCCAGUCUGCUAAGAUUUAUGGCUCAAGUGUUUUAAGCUGGAAAAACUGCUUCCUGUUUCAUGGCGAACACAACAAAAUGGCCCUAUCUGGCUAUGUGAACAGUAUUUCCUCACUUAGUUUAUAAUUUUCUCAAAGUGCUGUUCUGACUCAUCUAAUCCACUCUGCUAAGAUCCAUGGCUCUACCAGUGUUUUAAGAUGGGGAAAAAAAAAACUACUUCCUGUUUCAUGGCGACCCAUUCUGACUCAUUUGCUAAGAUUUAUGGCUCUAACACUGUUUUAAGACGGAAAAAUCUACUUCCUGCUUCAUGGUGAACAAAAAAUUGCUUUGACGACUUUUUUGAUGUGACUUGAGCUUAAGCUGACUUCAUCCCACUGGCAGUUGUAAAAAGGCUACAAAAACAACAAUGGUCACAACUUAAAUUUUUCAUGUUGACGUUACACUUGUGGGAGGUUAAUACAAUUUUGAGACAGUAGUUUUACCUCCCCAUAAACGUAACAAAUCCCCAAAUGGCAACUGCUGUUUGUGGGAUAUUUAUUAUGUUUGUGGGACUAUUACAUUAAAAGCUGCAGAUUUGUACUGGAGUUGUGGGCAGUCAUUACAUUUGCAGAUGUUACAAGCUCUGAAAGAAAUAAUUUUGGCAGUGUUGAAUCCUCUGAUUAGAUUUUAAUUUCCAAAAAAAAUUGCAAAUUUUCUUAUCCAGAAAUAAGGUACAGUCCUGUUCCAAAAUUUUAUCUCAUAAUUUGAUGAAACACUUACAAAAUGUGUUAAUUUUAAAAGGUUGUUAGUUGGAAAAUUGGGAGUUUGGUUGUUUUGCUAAUCUGUGUAGAAUCACCAGUUAUCUGAAAAUCCUUUCCUUUCAUAGUCACAUGAUCUUUCAUUUGGAGGAUCUUGAAUUUACAACUUCAAAGUAAAACACUUUUUCUGCCCAAAAAUUAAAGGACUUCAAAUCCCUAUUCUAUAUAAAGAGUUUCCACAUUUUGUUUGAAUAUUUUGUUUUCAAUUCUUAUAUUUGUAUCUUGAAAUCCUAAAUCCUUCAAUUACAGUGUUGUAAUUUCCCUUAAAUGUAUUUGUUUUUAAACCAAAAUUUUGCAAUAAUAUCCACUAUGAAAACACUGGAAAUGGAAGAAAUUAAUGAGUUGUGUUUUUAUUAGUUAUGCAAGAAGAAAUUUAAAUAUUUAUGUAGCACCUCUUACCCAAAUGUCUUCUUAAUUCACAAGAAUAUCAGGGAAUUUUUUACAUAGAUGUGUAACUGUAACUGUAAAAAAUAAAGAUAGGAACUUCUAGAAGUGUAAUGUUUCAACUCUUUUGUGGCCCCUAAAAAUAUGAACAUAUUUGAAGUAUUUUCUGUCUUUAAAAAAACUGCAUCUCAGAGACUUUUAUAUUUCAAAACUCUCUUUUUUUCACCAAAUGUAAAGUUAAAUGUGUAGCCUGUAGCUCAGUUGGCUGCUCCACGUGUCCCUCGAGUGCCUUUUUUUCUCAUUCAGGAAAAAGAUGUUAUGAUUCAUGUGGGAACUAUGGCCCUCAUUUUGUUUUUAUUCUUUAUUUUCUCCUGUUGUGUUGCCUUUUGCACUUUUUCGCUGCAUUUAUGUGAGGGAAGCUGGAAGAGCUUUUCCAUGAUGAGUGAUUUUAAAACAAGCUUUUAGUUUCCCACACUGCUGCUUGCUUCUUAUGCCUUCACUCAAACAUGAGUCACUGUAAUUUAUGUCUGCUCACACUAAAUUCAACAGUAUUUCAUUUUCACCUUUGGUCAGAUUUUUUUUCUUUUCUGGCUGUCUGCAUGGGGAAAGUGUGUUUAUGACUCACAGACUUUUGAAUGAAUCAAAAUAAAACACUGACAUCUGACUGGUUCAAGUUCUCACUACAGUUUUUAUUUUAAGAAGUUAUGAUCAGAAAACGUUCAAGGACACUUCAUUUUCAUGUCACUGACAGUAACCAUUUUUGUUUCAGAUUGUUAUUUUGGAAUUAAUCACUUCACAUUUCCCCAUAUUCAACUAAAACACAUCACGCUUCUUAGUCAUGUCCUGGUGUGAUACAUGGGAUCAUCAGUUGACAUUUUAUGCAUAUUCACAGUAUUUUUUAUGUAUAUGAUCACAGAUUGUCUGAUUUGAUUCAAAAUGAGAAUGUUUCUGUCUGAUUGUGUGAAAUUAA